GUUGAGGAACAAUAAAAUUUUAUUGGAGUACUUUUGUUUAGACUGCAAAGAUGUCGGCUUUACUUAAAUUUCGGAGACUGGCCAGAGUUCAAAAACUCUUUACUCCUGCCGCCGUUCGUAGUGUUUCCGAUGCUGCCAAAUAUCCUAAAAUUACCACUCAUUACACCAUAUGUCCCCGUGAAAAAGACGAGCGAUGGAAAGAGGUCGAUAUGGAACGUUUCGUCGAUGAGGUCGAUAUUGUCAUUGUUGGCGGUGGCCCUGGUGGCAUGUCAGCUGCCAUAAGAGCCAAACAAUUAGCUGCCGAGCAGGGUAAAGAAAUCCGCGUUUGUGUGGUGGAGAAGGCUGCUGAAGUUGGUGGCCAUAUUUUGUCUGGUGCUGUUGUGGAUCCAGUAUCGUUGAACGAACUAUUUCCCGAUUGGAAGGAAAUGGGUGCUCCUCUAAACACCCCUGUGGCAAAAGACAAAUUCUCGUUCCUAACAGAAACUGGACGUUUACCCAUACCAAUUUUUAAAGGCUGGCCUAUGGAUAAUCACGGUAACUAUGUGGUACGUUUGGGUCACUUGGUUAAAUGGCUGGGAGAGCAAGCCGAGGCUUUAGGGGUAGAAAUCUAUCCAGGAUGUGCUGCCUCGGAGGUUUUGUUCCAUGAGGAUGGAAGUGUUAAGGGUGUUGCCACCAAUGAUGUGGGUAUUGCCAAGGAUGGUUCGCCCAAGGACACUUUUGCCCGUGGCAUGGAAUUGCACGCCAAGACAACCAUUUUCGCCGAAGGUUGUCGUGGUCACUUGAGCAAGCAAAUAAUGCAGCAGUUCAAUCUCAACGAGGGUAGCCAGCCUCAGACUUAUGGCAUAGGUCUUAAGGAAAUUUGGGAAAUUCAACCCGAGAAACAUCAACCCGGUUUGGUUGAACACACCAUUGGCUGGCCCUUGGAUAAAUUCACUUAUGGCGGUUCCUUCCUAUACCAUUUGAAUGAACCCACCCCCACCGUAGCCGUUGGUUUUGUAGUCGGUCUGGAUUAUCAAAAUCCCUGGCUGAGUCCUUUCCAGGAGUUCCAGCGUUUCAAAACUCAUCCUCUAGUUAGGGGAACAUUUGAAGGUGGUACUCGUAUUGCCUAUGGAGCUCGUGCCAUUAACGAAGGAGGUCUGCAAAGUUUGCCCAGCAAAUUGACUUUCCCUGGCGGCUGUUUAAUUGGUUGCAGUGCUGGUUUUCUCAAUGUGCCUAAAAUCAAGGGAUCCCAUUAUGCCAUGAAGAGUGGUAUGCUGGCUGCUGAAAGUGUUUUGGAAUCAAUUAUGGGCGAAUCUCAGGAAACUGCCGGUUAUACACCUAAAUCCUAUCCAGACAAAAUUAAAAAUUCCUUCAUCUGGAGUGAUUUGAAUAAAAUCAGAAAUGUUCGUCCCUGCUUCCAUAAUCCCUUAGGCCUUUAUGGAGGUCUCGUGCUCAGCGGUUUCUCCAUAUUCAUGGGUGGUCGUGAACCAUGGACUCUGAAACAUGCUGGACCCGAUAAUGAAUCCUUAAAACCAGCCAGCCAGUGCCAACAAAUUGUCUAUCCCAAGCCUGAUAACAAGAUCUCCUUUGAUCUAUUGUCAUCGGUUGCCUUGACCGGCACUAACCACGAAGGUGACCAACCGGCUCAUUUAACAUUGAAAAAUGAUUGCAUACCGGUCGAUCACAACUUGGCUCUUUACGAAGGUCCCGAACAACGCUUUUGUCCUGCCGGCGUCUACGAAUAUGUGCCCAAUGAUGAGGGCGGAAACAUGAAACUGCAAAUUAAUGCCCAAAAUUGUAUUCACUGCAAGACCUGUGAUAUUAAGGAUCCUAAGCAAAACAUUAACUGGGUUGUGCCCGAAGGUGGCGGCGGCCCCGCUUACAAUGGCAUGUAAUUUUAACCAAAGUAGAAUUUUGAAUUUUUUGUGGAUAAAAAACUUUAAGAGUUUUUGGAGUUUUUAUCGAAUGAAGAACCAACCAGCUGCAUUUCUUUUAGUCUAAAUAUUAUCUCCGUCUACUCAUGUGAACGUAAUUUUUGAGAAAAAGUUUUAUUGUAAAAUUAAGUAAAAAGUUUUAUAGAAUUUUUGUUUGGCCACAAUAAGGGUUCUGUUUUUAUACAUCUGCAAAACUCUAUGCGAGGCCAAGCAACAAAUUAGAUCUAAUAUUCGAAAACACGUUUA